UUUGGGGCGAGUGCAAUAUAAUCAGAAAAUUUCUGUGGUGCCGAUAACUCUCUCUCUCUCUCUCUCUCUCUCUCUCUAAAGUGGCAUCCGAAAAAGCCAGAAACUUUGUGUCUAAUUCUCGAUCAUUUGCCUCUCCAUAUUGUGAACUCCACGAGAGAGAAUAUUCUUCUAGUUCUUUCUCGUGUUUGGAGUUGCAAAUGGCUUCCAUUCUAGCGAACUUGCCGGCAACACCACUCGUCCACCAUAAGCCACAGCCCCUUUUGACAACCGUCGGAAUAUUCUCAGUUUCCACAUCUAAAGAAAGAGGAAGUCGCCUAGCUGUUGUAGUGAAGGCUACGGGCGAAAGCUCCGAUUCUUCCACCUCCCUAAGCAUUGUCAAAUCUGUGCAAAAUAUUUGGGAUAAAUCUGAGGAUCGGGUGGCUAUUAUUGGCUUGGGGUUUGCAGGUGUAGUGGCUCUCUGGGCGUCUGCAAAUCUUAUAACGGCCAUUGACAAGUUGCCCCUUAUACCAAGUGCUCUGGAAUUCAUUGGGAUACUGUUUUCUGCGUGGUUUACAUAUCGCUAUCUCUUAUUCAAACCUGAUCGGGAAGAGCUUUUCCAAAGCGUCAAGAAGUCCAUCUCAGAUAUCUUGGGACAGUAAACUGUAACAUAUGUGCUGGACAGUGAUCGAAAGGUCUCAGAAGUAGAAACUUUCUUUGGCUGUAUCCUUGUCUCACCAGUUACACAAGCCUUACAAGCUGUCAUUUGGUUGUAGAAGUUGAUGGUGAUAAAGUAUCAAUUUCAGGUGGAGCAUGAAAACUACAUAGUUUCCUGAGGAAUUUUGUUCCUUUGGAAGCCUGUACCGGUAUUCUGCUCACGGUUUUCUCAAUAAUCUCUCUCAGAUCAUUUAAUCUUUCAUUUAGUUUGAGCUGGUUGUACUUGUCUGUAAAUGAGAUCUGGGCACAAAUGCAGUAUCAUUUCGUCUGUGAUCAAGUUUUAAACAAAGCUGAAGCAUGCAGUUGUGAUUUUGCUGAGAAAAAUGCUAAAAUCAGAGUUUUGUCCAA